AUGCACAAGGCCGUGACCCCCAAGGGGUUUGCCCUGCGCUCGGCCCUUGCUGUCACCACCACCUAUGCCGCAGCUACGGUUGCGUACCCGCUGGACAUUGUGAGGAAGAGGCUCAUCGUGGACACCGCUGCUGAUGCGUCCCAGUACGGCAACAGCUUCUGGCGCUGCAUCGGGGAGAUCUGGAGGCGGGAGGGGGUCCGGGGCUUCUAUCGCUUCUAUGGGUAUGAUAUGGCGUUCCGCGUGUUUGCUGGCGGCAUCCUGGUGGGCUACGACGUGUUCCUGGAGCUGCUGCACCAGCAGCACCCGCCCCGCCGGCGCGACACACUAUCGGGGCCUGCAGCCCCGAUGCUCCCCUCGCAUGCAUCAAAGCCUCGCACCCCGGGUCCCCAGUAG